UAAUAACUCUGGACCCCGCGCGCCGUCCGUCCCAUGUCAGCACCUAAUGCGACUCAACACUUCUUCCGACAUCAUGCCCCUGGUGAACCGGCGCAGGCUGUACUCUCAACGGAGCCUCAGCGUGGGGGAGUUCGCGUCGCGGCGAAAGGCGUCAGAGGAGAAUUAUUACAACUGCUCGCCGAUCGAGACGGAUGAUCGGGAGAGCAUAUUGUGCCCGUCGCGGAUGUCUAACGCGGACCCUGCCGCCUUGGAAGGGAUUAUUGGGAAACAGUUCAAGAUGCCAACCAGGAAGAUAUCUGUUGUGGAGAGGACCGGAGUUAAGAAGGUGAUACCUAGAGCCCGGUCGAUAAGUGUUGGCGAGAACGCAAUGCCGUUACAGGGAUUUCAACAGUUAGCAUGCUCAGGUCCCAUACUCAGUCCACGCGAGGGGCAACCGAAAUUCACGAACUUGGUUUCAGGUAAUCCGCAAUUUAACUUGGAUGGAGUAUCCCAUCUUUCUCACUCGCAGGAGAGGAUCAUUGAUACAGUUCAGAGCUCAAUCAACUUCACAACCAUGGAAAACAGGCGUUGGGAGAGAAAAUCUGAACAUGACAUCGCAAGUCCUCUGGAAAACAGAGGUUUUCCUAGUUUUCCAAGGUACUAUUCGGAGCACACGAACAUCAAUUGCUCAGGAUUUUUGGGAGUAAACAUAACGUCUUCUCGUUUUGAGAAUGAAAGUUUGAGGUCUGUGCAGCCGCGGCCAUUGGAUAAAGAGAUUCGUGUCAUGAAAUGGUUAAAGGACUGCAAGGCAAAAGGGGCGGAAUCAACUGGGCUCCCAGUGCAUCUGCCGGAUAUCAGCUUCUGUGACAAGGUUGGGUCUGCUUAAGCGCUUAAACGAAAUUUAUUUGAUUCAACAAAUUGUAACGUGCCCUCUUACUGGUCGGUCAUGUUGAUCUGAGAAUGCGACAACCAAUCCAGCGGACCUUAUGGUUGGGAAAGCGGCCAUUAAUUUUCAAUGCAGCCAUUUUAAAUUUUCCAUGCUUUAGAAGGCGGCUUAUGAUCACGGAUGUUUAAGCAAUAAUAAAUGAUGCACGCUUACAAAAUAAAAAAUUUUGUUGAAAAUCUCGGAUAUACGUCUAUAA